AUGGAAGCCAGAGGACCGUGGAUGGCGAUUAAUUCGGAUUUCCCGGACCCUGGAUUCGUACGGAGCACAGAUGGGGCAUGGUAUGCUUUUGGCACAAAUGGCAACGGCAAGCGCAUCCAGGUGGCUAGAUCGACAGAUUUCAAGACAUGGACUCUUCUCAACAAAGAGGCCUUGCCAACUCUUGCAGGGUGGGAGACUGAAAGAGAUCACUGGGCACCAGAUGUAAUUAGGCGGACUGAUGGUCGAUAUGUUAUGUACUAUUCCGGCGAGGCUAAAGAGAUGGUGAGACAUCAUUGCGUGGGUGUUGCUGUCUCCGAAAAUACGGAUCCUACAGGACCAUAUGUGCCAAAUGAGACACCACUAUCAUGCCGGCUGAACCAGGGAGGCUCAAUUGACCCAGCGGGGUUCGUUGACAAAGAUGGUACCCGCUAUGUCAUUUUCAAGUUAGACGGUAAUAGCAUUGGCCAUGGUGGUGACUGUAACAACGGUAUCACUCCUCUGGUGCCCACCCCAAUUCUUCUACAGAGAGUAGAAGAUGAUGGCUUUACGCUAAUUGGGGACGCUAUCCCAAUUCUUGACCGUGAUGAUAGUGAUGGACCUCUGGUUGAAGCCCCUAACCUUAUCCUGCAUGGUGACACAUACUUCCUUUUCUACUCAACCCAUUGCUUCACGGACAUUGAGUAUGAUGUGCGUUGGGCGACCUCAAAGUCGAUCACAGGCCCAUACAUCAAGUCUGGUCAGAGGUUAUUCAAAUCUGGCGACUAUGCACUAACCUCACCUGGCGGAGGGACUGUCUAUGGAUGUGGUGAUAAGAUGCUCUUCCAUGGAUUCUGUGAGCCCAAUAAACGAUGUGCAUAUGCUGCAAACAUUACCAUUGAUGGUGAUCAGGUUACGCUUCUUUGA